GCGAAGAAACCGGGCAAAUGAACCGCGUGUGCUUGUGAAUGGUGAGUGCCUGGCACCUGCCCGGAUUCUGCGUUUUUGUGUACCAGUCCUUUGGGCCACCCAGGCGUUGCCGAAGUCAGAGCAGAGAAAAGAGGGCGCCAGGAGCGAACCAUGAGCCCAGGUGGAUUGGAAAUUUCAUUGUUUGCCUUGAUGCUGUUGGGUAUCCUCAGCCGAGUCUCCACAAAUGAGCAGGGCAAGUGUGGAAGAAAUGAAUUUCAGUGCAGAAAUGGAGAUUGCAUCCCUUACAAAUGGAUCUGCGAUGGGAACCCUGAAUGCAAGGAUGGUUCUGAUGAAUCCCUGGAUGCAUGCAAAUCUGUGACUUGCAGUUCAACCCAGUUCAGCUGUGGCGGCCGCAUCAAUCGUUGUAUUGAUAUGUCCUGGCGGUGUGACUUGGAAGUGGAUUGUGAAAAUGGUUCAGAUGAAGACAACUGCCCUCCUAAACGUUGUGCAGAUAAUCAAUUCCAAUGCCAAAAUGGGAAUUGUAUUGCUUUUGAUUUUGUCUGUGAUGAAGAUGAUGACUGUGGAGAUAGCAGUGAUGAAUUAGACUGUCGUGCCCCAACCUGCAAUCCUGAAAUGUUUCAUUGCAACAGCUCAGAGUGCAUUCCCAAGCUCUGGGCCUGCGACAAUGACGCAGACUGUAAAGAUGGAUCUGAUGAAUCACCCGAGUUCUGUGGGAUCCAGCAGGGAGCCAAGAAAACCAAUCCAUGCUCUUCGUUGGAGUUUCAUUGUGGGAGUGGCGAGUGCAUCCACCAGCGCUGGCAGUGUGAUGGAAGCUUUGACUGUAAGGACAGAUCAGAUGAGGCAAACUGUGUUAAAGCAACCUGCCGCCCUGAUGAAUUUCAGUGCAAUGAUGGGAUGUGCAUCCAUGGGAGCUUGCAGUGCAACAAAGAGCCUGACUGCAAAGACCUGAGUGAUGAGGUCGGCUGUGUCAAUGUGACAACUUGCAAGGGAUCAAAUGUAUUUAAGUGCAGUUCUGGAGAAUGUAUCAGCAUGGACAAGGUCUGCAAUGGAUUGAAAGACUGCAGGGAUUGGUCAGACGAACCUCUUAAAGAGUGCCGAACUAAUGAAUGUUUGGCUAAUAAGGGAGGUUGUUCUCAUAUAUGCAAUGACCACAAAAUUGGAUAUGAAUGUUUGUGCCCUGAAGGCUUCCAGCUGAUUGAUCAAAGAAAAUGCGAAGAUAUUGAUGAGUGUCUCAACCCUGAUGCCUGUAGUCAAGUCUGUGUGAACCUGAAAGGAAGCUAUAAAUGCGAAUGUAAAGAAGGAUAUCAGUUUGAUCCAUCCACCAAGGCUUGCAAAGCAAUUGGCACCAUUGCUUACCUCUUUUUUACCAAUCGCCAUGAGGUCAGGAAAAUGACAUUAGACCACAGCGAGUACACAAAUCUGAUCCCCCAUCUUAAAGAAGCAAUGGCCUUAGAUAUGGAAAUCAGCAACAAUAAAAUCUACUGGUCUGACAACUUUCACAAGAAAAUAUUCAGUACCCCAAUUGAUAAGGCUAGCAAUCAUUCCCACCAUACCACUGUGAUUAGCAGUGGCAUCAAGGUUCCAGAUGGCCUCGCUGUUGACUGGGUGCAUCACAAUAUUUACUGGACUGACUCUGGCCUAGGCACCAUCUCUGUGGCCAGCAGUGAAGGCUUGAAGAGGAAGACUCUGAUCAAGGAGGUCGGUGCCAAACCACGUGCCAUUGUGGUGGAUCCAGUCCAUGGGUUCAUGUACUGGACUGACUGGGGGAUGUCUGCUAAAAUUGCCAAAAGUGGUCUGAAUGGAGUGGACAGUUUCCCCUUGGUGAAAGAAGGCAUUCAGUGGCCUAAUGGAAUAACAUUAGAUCUGAUUACCCAUCGCCUUUAUUGGGUAGACUCCAAAUAUCACUCAGUCUCUAGUAUUGAUGUGAAUGGGGGAAACAGAAGAACUAUCCUUGUGGAUGAAGAGAUGUUGGCUCACCCUUUUGGCAUUGCAGUCUUUGAGGAUAAAGUAUUCUGGACAGAUGUCUUAAAUGAAGCCAUCUUUAGUGCCAACCGUCGAACCGGUUCAAAUAUUGUGAAAGUGGCAGACAAUCUCUUUUCACCAGAGGAUUUGACACUAUUUCAUUCUGUGCGGCAACCAAAAGGUACAAAUUGGUGUGAGAAGAAUGGCAUCCCCAAUGGAGGCUGCCAGUACCUUUGCCUUCCCGCUCCCCAAAUCAAUUUCCACUCUGCCAAGUACACCUGUGUCUGUCCUGAUGGCAUGCACCUGGACACUGACAUGAGAAGCUGCACCCAAGAUCCUGUUACACCUGAUACUCCAACUGAGGCUGCUACAACAGUGCACUCUGCUAAGAUUUCACCUACAGCACGGCUACUAUCUACAAGUAAGACUCCAACCCAGAAAACCAGUCAUCUGCCUGCAGAUGUGCUGAAUAAAGUUGUUACCAACAUCCCAGAACAUACCACUCAUGAGAUGGUCACCCUGUCCCAGCAAGUUCGAAAUGGCAUUGCUGCAGAAACAGAUGGGACAGAACGGAGGGGUCCAUCAGCACUCGCUAUUGUUCUACCUCUGGCACUGAUUAGUUUAGUCUCCUUUGGGAUUUUUCUCAUUUGGAAGAAUUGGCGUCUCAAGAACAUCAACAGUAUCAAUUUUGAUAACCCCGUUUAUCAGAAGACAACUGAGGAUGAAAUUCAUAUCUGUCGGAGCCAGGAAGGAUAUACAUACCCAUCGAGACAGAUGGUCAGUCUAGAAGAUGAUGCAGCAUGAAACUUCCUCUAAACCUCAAGUGCCUCUCUCAGGACUUUGCUGCUUAUUUUCUGGGAAGAAGAACACAAAUGGUUUGGCUUCAGUUCUCUCCCAGGCAUCCAAUACUACUCCCUGAGUGACUUGAUGGAUUGUUCCCACUCUCCUUUAUUUUUUUAAGAAGGAGCAUUUGUCAGCUGCCAGUUUAUCAGGACAUUGAGCAAUUUAUGGCAUUGUUGGGUUGUUUUCUAUAUUUAUUGUGCCCAGCGCUAACAGGACACUAGUACCUCUGAUAUGCCCUGGGUCUCCUUAAUCUGACAUGGUAAGAAUAUUCCUAAGUGUGGAAAACAGGGAUUCAACAAAGAGAAAUUCUUCUCUGGAUGCAAGUUUGGAUGUGGUGAGGUCUCCCUGUGGAGAGAUCUUUAUGCCCCAAUUUUAUACACAUUAAGUGAGUUUGGAAAGGUUGAGAAUCUAAAUCUAAUUUGAGACAAGAAGCCAAAGUCACCUAAUCCACAAGCUUCUAGAUGCCACUCUCCUUCCCAAACUAGACCAGAGAAGUUUUAAAAAUGGAUUGCAUCAUCCAUGUUGUCAACAAAAAACACUGACUUUUAUUUUCUAACUCCAAAGGAAAAAGCUCAAGGUAUUGGAUCUGUUGUGAAUCUCCCUGUUGGUUCAGGGUUGCCUGUUUUCUUCCAGCUUUCCCUGUCCAACCUACCAUGCACUUUUGUUUUUUGGUUCAGUUUGUGAUCCACAUAGCCUGUAAUCUUGUAUAACAAUAUUUGCACUUGAUUGUUUUCCUUGCCUCUCUGGUCACCUGUGCCCAGAAAGUAAGAGGGUGGAAAAAACUAAACCAAUGACACAAACAGGCUGACUGUGGGGAUGGGUUGUUGCUUUUGCUUGGUGCUGGGCCUCUUGUGCCUUUAGUGCAGAUAACAAAAAAGGGCAAUAGACUGUGCUGGCCAAAAAACAGGAAUUGGAAGCCAUUUUUUUCAUAUUCCGUCUGAAGUCACUUCUGUACUGUUGCCUUAAUGCUGCAUCUCUCUUUUCUUCAGUGUUACCUUUUUAUACUUGUAUCCCUUCCCUUCCUAAAGGAAAUGUUUUUUUAUACUGGGAGGGAGAUGCACAAUGGAUUGUCCCUUUUCCACUAAGUUGUAGCCCAGAAUCAAUUUCAUGUGGAGUAGAAAGAACCCAUCCUAGAUGUGUCACUUUUGUAGUUGAAGGCAGUGUCUCACACAUUCUGAAGUGGGUAUACUAAGCAAAUACUAAGCGUAUUUGCUGUUUGGCAACUGAAUUUUCUGAAAUGAUAAAUAAUAUCCUGAUCACUUGCUAUUUUAAAAUACUGGUAUUGAUAUUUACAGAGAAGUAGAAUUAGAAUAUAUAAUUAGGAUAUAAAAUAACUGCUAUUAACCUUUCUCAUUCCAUCUCAGAAACAGAAAUUGUGCAUCCUGUCUCCCUUCAGUAAUCUAGCAAUCAUUGACUAGAAUAACAAGUGAGGAUUUUUUGCUCUUGGCCUGACACUUCUAAUUCCCUUCCCUUUGAGAGGAAAAGCACUAAAUGCAAGGAGUAAGCCCUUAGACCUUUUGUCCUAAAACUGUGAAAGAUGCCAAACUCUUUCGCUUAGUAUAGAGUGUGUAAAUAAUGUAUGUGAUCCAUGUUAAAGUAUAGCUUUCCUUUGCACAAAAGUUGCCUUGUCUAUUUGUAUAUAUGUUCAUAAAAACAUGACUUAUUUAUUUAUAUGUUUAUAUUAUUGAGAUUAUUAAUUGGCCUUUUUUUUCUGUCCCACCUCACAUUGCUAUGCCUUUUUCAUUCUUUUCCCUUCCACAAAUACUGUUUUAGUGUAUCCACGUUUGUGUGUAUGAUGUAAAUGUUGCCCCUAUUUGAAGUAAGCCAGACAAGGUGAACACAGUACAGUAUACAACAUAGACAUUUGUGGAAGUGUACUUUUCAAAGAGAACACAAGAUCUAUUGCUACUUCACAUGGUUUGGACCUUCUCUCUUAGACUAAUGGUUUGAGUCACCAAUUAUUUUUGCUCCCCUACUGGUGCUCUGAAUAGCGUACCUGGUAGCAAGGAACUGAUACCAAAUGAAUAGUUAAUUCUGUCUUCUGCAAUAUUUAUGAAUCUAGUUAACUUAGAAGAGGUAUAACUCCCUUACACAGGGGUGGGUUCCCCUUACAUUUACUACCAGUUCGCAGCAGAAUCUGCAUGCGCAGAUCACCAAUGAUGACGUGCCGGAUGGGCGGAGCCUCCCGCCGGUUUUACUACUGGUUCUAUAGAACUGGACAGAACCAGGAGCAACCCACCACUGCCCUUACAUUUAAUUGCUUGACAGCAUUUUCAUAACUAGCUAUGGCACUGCAUGUUUUUGUUAUUGUCCUCUGUUGCCCAGGUUCUUUCUUCCGGGGUAGCAGAAUUGACUACAGCUGGAGGCAGCUGGGAAUCAAUUGUUUUUGGUUCUGGCGCCUUUUGCUGUUGCACUGUGAAUUUAGAAACUUUUAAUUCUGCAUCACUGUAUUAGAAUUGCAUGUGAGUGAAUCGUGAGGGUCAAUCAAAGUUUCUAAUGAUCAAUAAUUGCAGAAGGUUCUGUUUCUACAUCUUCAAAAAAGGACAGAAAAUAUAAUGUAAUAACUUAGGGGCCUUAAAUAAUUUUUUUAGGGUAUUAUAUUAAACAUCAUCAUAGAGGCUUUUUCUGAAAUCGGUCAGUUUGAAUCACAAGGUUGAUGAAAGUGGUGCCUCCUGUGAGAAACUCUUCUCUUGGAGUGCUAAGCAGCUGCUUUAAUAUUUUAACCUCUGUCAAAGUAAUUGGUUAUUAAAACGAUAAUCCUUGUGAAAAGUCUCACCAAUUGGAGGUGGAACCCUCAAAACAGUCUAGGCAUAUUCAAUGCAUUUUCUUGAUUUUGUUGUGUUCCAAAAUCUGCAAUUUUUGUUUACAUAAGCAUCAGUGAUGUGCUAGUGUGGACAAAAGUGUAUAUUUGGGGAGUAUUGUGCCAUUUUUUUUCCCUACAGCAGUCUAGAACUCUGUUCUAAUACUUCUCAUGCAUCUGUAUGACUCCCGAACUGAAGAACCUUAGAGUGAAACUGUGUUCUCAUUUUAUGAAACUAGAAUCUUUUCAGCCUACAACUCAUGAGACAACACACUUAACAAACUUGUUCUGGCCCCUGGAAUUCAGUUAGGUUUCCAGAUGUUUGUUAAAUCUCAGUGACUUUUUCAAGUUGAAACUUUUUUUCAAAAGCAGAAAAACCUGUGGAAGAUAGUUGGGAUUGGGUGGGAUGCUGAAGAGAAUUGCCAGCCUUGGCUUUUGUUCACUUGCCUCUGGUGUGGUGGAAGGUUGAAGAAUGACUUGGAAUGCAGUGGAUGGCAGGGUUUCUCCCUUCAUGCUUCCAUGUGUUGAUGCUGUUGCCCUCCUGAUUGAGGCAAAGGAAAUCCAGGUUAAGUUAUUUUAAUUGGAUAGAUAAACUGGUUUUAUAUGUAAACAUCUGACAAGUAAAUUGUACCUUUACAGAUUCAUUGAGCUUUAUUUUUUUAAAUAUUAAACAUGCCUCUUGAAAUUUAUGGGGUAUUUCCCCACAUAUUGAAUAAAUUUAAUAAAUAUUUAAAUACGCUGAAA